AUGUUAUUUCAGGGGAGACUUACAAGAGCUCUAGCCGAACCAGUCAAGGAGUUUCUACGUUCAGCUCGAUAUAACACGUGGGAAGUUAUUAAAACGCUUCUUGUAAGCGAGACAAUAGCUGCUGCUGCGGAUCUUAAAAAUGAUCUUUCAGAUUUGGAGCUCGAUGAUGGUACAGUGAAAGAACUGCUUUCAAGGCUAAGAAAUCAUGGAAGGAGCCUUGUUGAAUCAAAGGCAAAAGAAGAAGCUAAAACGAUCUCGAUCCGCAUGAAAGACAGAUUAACGAUAUUAUUCAAUGCCGAUAUGUCAAGAGUAAGGAAUGGAAAAGUAGAUAUACAAGCAAUUGCUGAAUCUGCCCGCGAUGAAUGUAUGAUGAUGCUUUGUAUAAUAUCGACAAUUUGGUUAGAUGGAGACGGUGAUACCUUUGAAAACUUUUGUUCCCUACUAGUACUUGAUAAGAGUUGCCAAUUGGAUCCACUGGCCUCCAUCUCAAGGAAAAAGGAGCUGAUUCUAAAGGCGGGAACUUUAAUCUCCCCUGACAACUGCAAGUUUCUCUGGAGCCAAUUUAUGGUUCACGUUGAUUGCAUUGUCACCCUGGUCCUACAUGUUGAG